CAGCGUGUCCCUUCAUCAUUACACUUAUUCUACGGCCAUGUCUUCACCCGGACAACUCCCUCCUGGCUGGAUCGCAGAAUGGAAUGAAGCGAACCAGCGAUACCUUUUCGUCGAGACGGCAUCCGGCCAUACACAAUGGGAAGAGCCAACUGGUGCUCCUCAAUCUCAAGGGCCUCCCGAAGCGAGCGUGCCGACUGCCGCGACACAUGGACACGGAAAACGACGCCAGUAUGCUGCAGGUCAGACUCAGGCGUACUAUAGUACCGACCAGCUCAGUACCGCGGGUGCCGGAUACUACAGCGGCGCGAGCAACGAGAGCACUUUGGUCAGCCAGGAAGCCGGCGGGCAGCUCUUCACACCCGGUCUUGCUGGGGAGGGACAGUUCCAGUCGCAGCAACAGGCCCCCGGCCAGCCCCAAUAUUUCCAGCCCGAUCAGGGUGCGGGAUACGCGCAACAGCCUAUGGGAUAUGGACAGCAGCAGCAGCCUGCUUACGGGCAACAGCAGCCACCUGCCUUUGGCAAGAGCCCGAUGGACAACCUCACCAACCAAUUUGGCUCGAUGGGAAUGGGUGGACAGAAGCAGUUCCAACUGAACACGGUCAAUCUCCUCACCUCUCCUCCGGAUCCACGAGACCUGCACGUACCACCCCCUGAGAUUCGUCUCCCGCCCGGCUCCAGUCUGUCGCCUGCCCCGACUGCCGUUGCCGACUAUUCGUACCAGCGCCUCACCAUGAACGCGGUCCCCACGACAUCCUCGUUACUAGGAAAGUCCAAGGUCCCUCUCGCAUUGGUCAUCACUCCCUACCGCACACUGGACGAGGGCGAUGAAGCCAUCCCCCUUGUUUCUGAUGUCAUUGCUCGGUGCCGGCGCUGCCGUAUGUAUAUCAACCCAUAUGUCCAGUUCAUCGAUGGGGGCAACCGCUGGCGUUGCUGCAUGUGCAAUAUGUCCAAUGAGGUCCCGCAGACGUUCGAUUGGGAUCAAGCUCGCGGGCAGCCUGGUGAUCGUUGGCAACGAGCUGAAUUGAACCACUCAGUCGUGGAGUUUGUUGCGCCGACGGAAUACAUGGUCCGUGCACCCCAGCCGGCGGUGUACGUAUUCCUCAUCGACGUCAGCCACUCUGCGGUUCAAUCCGGAAUGGUGGCAACGGCAACUCGCGCUCUCCUGGAAAACCUGGAUCGAAUCCCGAAUGAUGAGAACAUGACGAAGAUUGGUAUUAUCUGCUACGACGUGUCUCUCUACUUUUUCUCUAUGGUCCCGGGCAGCACAGAAUCUAGCAUGUUGGUUGUGUCGGAUGUUGAUGACGUCUUCCUCCCUAAGCCAACUGACCUCUUGGUGAACCUGACCGAGGCACGCCCUGCAUUGGAAGCUCUGUUGGGUACCAUUGGGGACAUGUUCAAGGACAACAACAUCAUCGGGAGUGCUUUGGGCCCUGCUUUGCAAGCUGGUUCGAAGCUUAUGGCUCCGAUCGGCGGUAAAAUCUUGGCGCUCGCUUCCAGCCUUCCAUCUGUCGGCGAAGGAGCUCUGAAGAAUCGUGAAGAUCCCAAAAUCCUAGGAACGAGCAAGGAGUCGUCACUGCUGCAGGCCGCCAACUCGUUCUACAAAACGUUUGCGAUUGAUUGCUCAAGAGCACAGGUCACGGUGGAUAUGUUCCUGUUCAGUGCUGGAUACCAGGACGUUGCGACACUAGCCAAUCUGCCGCAUUACACGACCGGUAACACCUACUAUUACCCGGCUUUCAACGCCGCACGAUCGGAGGACGCGAUCAAGUUCGCUCACGAGUUUGGAGAGGUUGUGGCCAUGCCUAUCAUGCUGGAGUGCAUCACCCGUGUCCGUGCAUCUAGGGGCCUUCGGAUGGCAUCGUUCCACGGCAACUUUUUCGUCCGAUCGACAGAUCUGUUGGCGAUGCCGACCGUCCCUCAGAACCAGUCGUAUGCCAUCGAGGUGGAGAUCGAGGACACGUUGACGACUCCGUUCGUGGUGCUCCAGACUGGCAUGCUCCACACAACAUGCUUUGGCGAGAGACGACUGCGUGUGGUGACCACUGCCUACCCUACGACCAGCAACCUUUCCGAGGUGUUCGCUUCCGUGGACCAGAUCGCGGUCGCGACUUUGUUGGCGAACAAAGCAGUGGAGCGUUCUUUGUCGUACAAGCUGGAGGAUGCUCGUGACUACAUCUUCAAGAGACUGGUCGACAUCUUGAUUGCUUACAAGAGCAGUAUGACGGCUGCUGGAGCUGGAGCCAGUGCCCAGCUUGCGAUUGCGGAGAACACCAAGAUGUUGCCGGUGCUGGUCCUCGGCUUGCUCAAAAAUGUCGGCAUCCGGCAAAGUGCUCAAGUCCCGCCGGACAUCAGGGCUUACUCCCAAUCGCUGCUCACGUCGCUGCCGUCUCAGCUCCUGGUUCCGUACCUUUAUCCUUGCUUCUAUUCUCUGCACACGAUGCCGCCCGAGGCUGGCACCGUGGGCGAACAGGGUGUGAUUAUGCCUCCGGCCCUGCCUUUGACUUCGGAGAGAUUAGAACGGCAUGGUCUUUUCCUGAUUGAGGACGGGCAGGUUAUCUUCCUGUGGGUGGGACGAGAUGCCGUGCCCCAAUUGAUCAUGGAUGUAUUUGAUCUGCCGAAUUACGACAGUCUUCGGGGUGGGAAGACGACGCUGCCGCUGUUAGACAACCCGUUCUCGCAGCGGGUGAAUGCUGUGAUCCAGAAGACGCGUGAGAUGCGGCGUGGGGUGUUCUACCCUCAUCUGUACGUCGUCAAGGAAGAUGGCGAGCCGCCUCUGCGUCUGUGGGCUCUUAGCUCGCUCAUCCAAGACCGCGCGGAUGUGCUUCCAAGCUACCAACAAUUCAUCAACCAGCUCAAGGACAAGGUAAAUGGGGUGAACUAUUGAGCACAUUUUUACUGUAAAACUAUAUAUUUCAUUAUGGAGCGAAGGAAAUUAGCAUUGGGUGUGACGUUACCAUUACAGUACGCAGAACGCAGUUCCUUUGGACGUGGCACACGGCUCGGUGUGUCCGGCAGCGAAAUUGAGCAGCCGGGCAAGCACUGAAGACAAGCUGACUAGGCGAGACGCAGAGAAUGAUCACGAGACGGCAGCGUACCUUCAAAGUACGGCAGUUUGGGAUUGCCCUCCGCGUCGAAGAGAGUUCCCAUGUGCUGCAGCAGCCAGUUCAGGAGAAGGAUAGGAUGCAGACCGCGUCAUUGGCGUACCACACCCGUGUUGAAAGCGUUCAGCCACGAUUCGUCGUCCUGUCGAUUCAAGUCAGCCGGUGUCGAUUCCUAUGAGUUGGAUGUUAUGAACGCGAUUGUCCCAGACAAGAAACUCGUUGCAGUUUGAGCUGUAGAGACAAGAAUCGAGAAUGUCUCCAAAGAUGGAAGCCUGCCACCGCAGGCUUUCGGUCGUGUUGUCAGGAAGCCAGACGUCCAUUUCCGUGAUCGCGCCCGUGAGGCCCAUGUUCUACGUCCAGGAAACAUCAGCAGGAGAACCACGUUGAAUUUCGACGAUCAUCAAGCCAACCUUGAGACGGUCCAUAGUAAAGUGGGCCGAUUCCUUUGACGGGAAGGCCUGUGGAUUUGCGCUGUAAUGGGAUUGGAUGCCGAUUCCGUCGAUGGGCGCUUUGGCGGCUUGCAGCUGCGAUAUCAGUUUGAAGGCGCAUUCGGUUUUGGCUUGCGACGGAAAGUCUCCACCGCUGGGAGAGUCAGUGGAUCACAGUCUUCGAAGGCGAGGGGAGAAGGUAUAUUACACUAUUA